AAAGCAAUAGUCAGGUGAUGAGUUCUUGUGACAGCACAUAAAGAUCAAUAAAAUAAUUUAAAAAAAUCAUCUAAAAUGGCUUUACAGGCUGCAGUUAAGGGUAAACUUAUCAGCGUUAUUGGAGAUGAGGACACCUGUGUUGGUUUUCUCUUGGGAGGGAUCGGAGAAAUCAAUAAAAACAGACACCCAAACUUCAUGGUUGUGGACAAAAACACACCAGUCAGCGAGAUUGAGGAUUGCUUCAAGCGGUUUGUGAAGCGUGAUGAUAUAGACAUCAUCCUUAUCAACCAGAACAUUGCGGAGAUGAUCCGUCAUGUGAUUGAUUCGCACAAUGCACCCGUUCCAUCAGUACUGGAGAUUCCCUCCAAGGACCAUCCCUAUGAUGCCAGCAAGGACUCCAUCUUACGUCGUGCUAAGGGAAUGUUCAACCCAGAGGAUUUGGUACGCUAAAAAAAGUU